AUGGACAUGAAUAUGAAAAUGCAUUGGUUUGCUCUGGUUUACCUUCCUGUCGAUCAUCGGCUGCUUGUUCAAAAUCUUACCGCUCAGGUUUUCAACAAUGGUUCUGUACCAGCCUCAGCACAAGCUACUUUCCCAUAUAUAUUUGCAGUCAGCAAGUUGUUGCAGCCUGGUAGUUUUGAUCUUGUUGGUACUAUUAUAUAUGAAAUAGACGAGCAUCCAUACCAAAGCACCUUCUUUAACGGCACUGUUGAAGUUGUUGAAUAUGUUGGUUUUCUUAGCAUCGAAUCUGUUUUUCUUGUUACUCUUGGAAUUGCCCUCCUUGUCCUCCUAGGGCUAUGGAUUCAUGGUCACGUUCAAAACCUAUCUAAGGAUUAUAACGCAAAGCUUUCUGAUUUCAGGUUGGCAAAGGAUGGUCCAACAGGUCAUCUUACUACUAAGAGCGAUGUUUAUAGUUAUGGAGUUGUCCUGCUGGAAAUGUUAUAUGGUAAGAGGGCAGUUGACAAGAAUAUACCAUCUCGACAACACAACUUGGUGGAAUAGGCUAAACCGUAUCUCGCUAACAAAUGUAAGGUUUUCAGUGUGUUAGAUAGCCGACUCAAAGGACAGUACUCAUCAGAGCAUCUCUACGAGGUUAAAGAAAGCUUUUAGUUUCAUUGGCGUAGCUGGUGCAUGCAGGAGGUUAAAGAAAGUUCAUGUAAAGUUGUGUGCAACUUGAUAACAUUGUAAUAUGUAUUUGAAUUAUAAUAUGUAUUUUUCGUUUCAUAUCUAUUAAUUUUUUUUAGUAUUUACCCAAA